AUGCCACGUCCUUCCUCGACUCCUCCACCGCACCUGUCUCUGAACACGUCAUCCCGCGGCACGCCUGCUCCCAUUCCUAACAAGCACAUUCCAGUCUGCCCGCCUGGCGCACUGCCCGCCACACCACCAGCCUCUCCUCCUCGCCAGGACAGCCUCAUCGAGACUUCUUCAAUCACCUUUCCUCCUGAUGCAUACUGCUCAAAGUAUUCCGAUGAUCCACCCCUCUACACCAUCACCGCAGAUCGUUUGGCUCAGGCCCUAGAGCACAUGGCAACACAGCCGCUUCCGAACCCUGAGCAAGUCUUUCCCUGGAUGCACGGCCUCCAUGCAGACAACCAGAUACAGCUUGCUUUCUUCUCCUCGCGUCGCAGGAAUGGCCGCAAAGUCCCCACGUGCAUUCGCAGCAUCACCAUUGUCAAGACCGGUGGAAACCUCUCGUCAUCCAAGCUCAAGGGUGCCAUUGCCCCUGAUGAGAUACUUGAUUCUGUCGCUUCAGAAAACCCCCAAUUCCUUGAAUGCGAUCCCAAGGAAGGCUUCUCCGUGCGCAACUUUCACAUUCAGACUUGCAAGCUGGCAUUGGUCUCAGAUAUUGUCGUCUAUGGCGAUCACAAGACAAAGCCCCAAGACACAAUAGCACUAGCCCAGAAAAUCUCCAGAGCUCAGAGGCAGUAUGAAUCACAGCAUGGCCUUUCGCCAUAUCUGUUCAAUACGUUUAUGCUUUCAGAUACUUUCAGUUGCGUGCAGGAAAAGCACCCCAAACUGAUUGCCGUCAGCUCUACUGGACAAAUAACGGGAGAAGUUGUGGAUUUCUUUUACUGGGAGCGAUACGAGAUGAGCGAAAUGUCAAAGGCAUCAGAAAUCAGCAACAAUGUAUUUCUCGGCCCAACACCCGACCAGACACUGCACCCAGAGUGCUUGGGACCAGAAGCCUACGACAUGCUUAUUGAGGCAACCGAUCUUGCACAUGUACCCGAACCACGCUCAUUGCGAGCCCUUCGUAUGGGUCUGGAAAGAGUCCACCGCAAGUCAGCCUUGCACAUGGAGUUCCCAUCAUCAGGGAGUAUCAUGCCCCCGACUUGGGCACACGGAGAAAUCGACGGCCUCAUGGCCAUGUGCAAAUGGAUGUAUGAAUUGGCCAACCCAAGCGAAGUACGGAGGUCGAAGCGAAGGAGGGAGGAUGAGGAUGAAGCUAUAGAAAUGGUCGACACUGCAACACCACGCAAGUUCUUGAUCCAUUGUACCGAUGGCUACACCGAGACAACCCUUCUUGCACUCACCUACUUCAUGUAUGCCGAAGGCCUUCCUGUGCACGACGCUUGGAUCAAGCUGCAUCGUGAAAAGGGCCGAAACUUCUUCGCAUAUCCAUCUGAUGUAGCCCUUCUGACAGCCAUACAACCUCGCAUUCUUCAGGAGUCUCCCCGCUUCAACCAGAGCAUCCUCAACAUCCCAGAGCCGCGCUGGCUCUCGAAGCUUGAUGGGAGUCUGCCCAGCCGCAUUCUUCCCUACAUGUAUCUCGGCAAUCUUGGCCAUGCCAACAACCCAGAACUUCUCCAUGCCUUGGGCAUCACUCGUGUAUUGAGCGUCGGCGAGACGCUUUCCUGGCCUGAGGGCAUGCAAAAAGAACUCAAUUGGCCCAUUGAGAACUUCCUCAUGAUCGACCGAGUUCAGGAUAAUGGCGUUGAUCCUCUCUGGGGCGAGUUUGAGCGUUGUUUGAAAUUCAUUGAAGCUGGAAGAGCUGAGGGUGGUGCUACACUCGUGCACUGCCGCGUGGGUGUUUCACGCUCGGCAACCAUCUGCAUUGCCGAAGUCAUGAAAGAGCUUGGCCUUUCUUUUCCUCGUGCUUACUGUUUUGUGCGAGCCCGAAGACUUAAUGUCAUAAUACAACCUCACCUUCGGUUCACCUAUGAACUACUCAAGUGGGAAGAGUACCAGCGUCAGCGACGCAACGAACCUCUUCGCCGCGAAUUAGAAUGGGCCACUGUGGCGCGCGAGAUCGCCCUUAUGAACAAGCCUUACUCGAGAUGA